AUGCAACCUCGAGCCGAAGGCGAAGACCAACACGAAAGAGAAAGAGAAAGAGAAGCCCCAAGCACAAGCACAAGCACCACCCCCCGACCUCAAGCUCAUUCCAACCCAGACACCACUCCCACCUCCACCACCACGCGCCGUCCGACCCCGUUUCCUUCACACCUCCCAAGACCUAUCGUCCCUCACCCAGCGUCCAGCAGAGGAAGCAGAAGAAGAACCCUUCCACCACCACGGCCCGAGCAACUAGCACGACCACUCCCACGUCACCGUCUCGACUCCCCCAUCCCAACACGACUCCCCCAAAGAACCUCAACAUCCACCACUAUAGAACAGCCCGCACCACCACGUACACGCCUCGAACCGAUAUAUGGAGCCCAAUCAUACGCCUACUGGCUUGGACGACUCGUGACUGUUCUCAACGCCAUACUUUACGCAGACUUAUUCAAUGCGACGGAUCCCGUGACAGGAAUUCGCCCGCCAAGUGUGUUCUCGCUGACUGUGUCAAGGCAUGGGUAUUCUCAGCGGGCAGUGGCUCUUGCUGGGUUGGAUAGGGGCGUGACGGGGAGAUUUAGGAGGGCGUUCAUGAUGCUGGAGGAUGCGUUUGGGUUGUUUAGUCCGUUGUUGGUGGAGAGGCCGUGA